CCUCUCCACCGCCUCCAUGCCGCUGCCGAGCGCUGCUGGAAAGUUUUAAAACUCACGGGGAGCUCGGAGACUCCACGACGACCGCCGCUUCUCUCGGCCAUUGUCGAGGGAGAGAGCGCGCGAGCGACCUAGGUCGUCAGUCGGCUUCGGGUGUUCGGCGCCGUCAGCUAGCUAUCCGCGACGAUGGGCCUGCGCGUGGCCGCCACCGCGCCAGCUGCGGCCGGCGUGCGCGUGCUCGGUGGCGGCGCCGCGAGCGUGAAGCCGCGACCGUGGGUGGCGCUCGGAGGCAGGAGACGCCUCUCCGUGCGGAUGUCCGUCGCCACUACCGAGACCACCACCUCCGCCGCCGCCGCCGUGGGCGCCUCGGAGGACCAGGCGCUGGAGGCUAGGAACUCCAGGACGGUGGUAGCGGUCAUCCUCGGCGGUGGCGCCGGGACCAGGCUGUUCCCGCUGACCAAGCGCAGGGCCAAGCCCGCGGUGCCAAUUGGCGGCGCGUACAGGCUGAUCGACGUGCCGAUGAGCAACUGCAUAAACAGUGGGAUCAACAAGGUGUACAUCCUCACGCAGUUCAACUCGCAAUCCCUCAACCGCCACCUCUCCAGGGCCUACGAUUGCACCAAUGGCGUGGCCUUCGGAGACGGAUUCGUCGAGGUUCUAGCAGCAACCCAGAGGCCUGGAUCGGAGGGAAAGAGGUGGUUUCAGGGUACUGCUGAUGCAGUUCGGCAGUUCGACUGGCUUUUCGAUGAUGCAAAAUCUAAAGACAUUGAUGAUGUGUUGAUUCUUUCUGGUGACCAUCUCUACCGAAUGGACUACAUGGACUUUGUUCAGAGUCAUCGGCAAAGAGGUGCAGGCAUCAGCAUCUGUUGUUUGCCAAUUGAUGACAGCCGGGCAUCUGAUUUUGGCCUAAUGAAGAUAGACGACACUGCAAGAGUUAUUUCAUUCAGUGAGAAGCCAAAAGGAGACGAAUUAAAGGCAAUGCAAGUUGACACUACAGUGCUAGGCUUAUCAAAGGAGGAAGCAGAAAAGAAACCUUACAUAGCUUCAAUGGGGGUCUAUAUUUUUAAGAAAGACAUACUUCUAAACCUUUUAAGAUGGCGUUUUCCCACUGCAAAUGAUUUUGGUUCUGAAAUAAUUCCUGCUGCAGCAAAAGAAAUCAAUGUAAAGGCUUAUCUUUUCAAUGAUUACUGGGAAGAUAUUGGAACUAUUAAGUCCUUCUUUGAGGCAAACCUUGCUCUUGCUGAACAGCCUCCAAGGUUCAGUUUCUAUGACGCUGACAAACCAAUGUACACAUCACGGAGAAACCUACCACCAUCUAUGGUCAACAAUAGUAAGAUCACUGAUUCAAUCAUUUCCCACGGAUGUUUCUUGGAUAACUGCAGGAUAGAACAUAGUGUUGUUGGAGUUCGUUCUCGGAUAGGCUCCAAUGUGCACCUCAAGGAUACUGUAAUGCUUGGCGCUGAUUAUUAUGAAACUGACGCGGAAAGAAGAGAAUUGCUUGCAGAAGGAAAUGUUCCUAUUGGGAUCGGAGAGAAUACAACGAUUCAAAAGUGUAUCAUAGACAAGAAUGCGAGGAUAGGGAAGAAUGUGAUAAUCUCCAAUUCUGAAGGUGUAGUGGAAGCUGAUAGAACCUCCGAAGGCUUCUACAUCCGAACCGGCGUCACUGUCGUACUGAAGAACUCGAUAAUUGCUGAUGGAUUGGUCAUAUGAACUGAAAAGGUCUCACAAGGCUGGUAUUUGCGGCAGAAACAACCAUAGGAGUUCUUUUGUAGUUGUACAAUAAGAUGCUGUAUACCAGUCAAGAGGUUCUGCUUGUCUAUACAAGAGAACUUUUGUCUACAAAUCUUGUCUCACCAUGCGUAUUUGACUCAAACAACGUUGCAGAUCUUUUUACGAGAACACGUCUGUGGACGAGACGUGUUUUUUCAUUAUUAAGAGGAAACCAAGAUACAAGCUUCAGGCACAAAUCACUAGCUCUGGUGCAGUGACGCGAGGAGCGUUUGCACUAGGUUUGCGACUGCUGAACUGCCCUCGCCGGAGGACCAGCUCCCUAGAAAAGUUGCUGAUGGAUUGGUCAUAUGAACUGAAAAGGUCUCACAGCGUUGCAGAUCAUGAAUAUUUGUCGGUUUCAUUUUUUCUUUCUUGGACAUUUACACAAACCUUUUCAAUUUUUCUUUCUUAAUUAACACCAAAAGCUUUAAUUCUAAUCAGUAUGCAACCGAGUUUCAAGUUCA